GCACGAUUUCUCCCACGGCGCUGUUUCGGCUUGUUACCAUUGUCGCCCAAAAUGGUAGCAACAUCGACAGCUUCGCGGACCAAGUCCGUGAAGCGUCCAAAGUCAGGAACGGAGACAACGAAGAACCAUCGAUUCGAGUCGUUUUCGCAGCGCGUCACAAAAUUGAAGAUUGACCCUAUUCAUCGAGUACGACGACCGAGUUUUGGCGAGGAAGGCGAUGAAACGUCUUCCCAUUUUCGAUCUGCUUUUGAACACUGGGCGGAGUUGAAUUUGUCGGAAAAAUUUGUCACAUUCUCUCGUCGAGUUAACCCGCUUUGUGAAAGUUUGGCUCAGAUUCUCUACUAUGAGGAUAAGAUAAUGAAUCUAUUGGUGGAGUUCAUUGAUAAACGGGAUCGAUUGUCUAUAGAGCCUCUCCUGAGUCUUCUUGCUCAGUUUGCGCGAGAUUUGGGUGUUAGGUUUGAAAAAUAUUUCGCUACCUCUGUAACCCUGGUGGCGUCCGUCGCUGCUACCCACCCAGAUGUUGAAGUGGUGGAAUGGAGCUUCACUUGCUUAGCAUGGACGUUCAAAUUCCUCUCUCGGCUUCUGGUGCCCGAUUUGCGACAGCUUUUGGGUAUUAUGACACCAUACCUUGGAAAGGAACGGCAAAAGCCCUUUGUGGCUCGAUUCGCGGCGGAAUCCAUGUCUUUCCUCAUUCGAAAAGCGGGCCUGCUCUAUUAUAAGAAUGCGAAACCACUCCAGCUCGCUGUAUCGUUCUUGCUCGAUGACUUGCGCGAGGCCGCGUCGGAUUCGAAGGAUGUGGAACUAUAUAAGGAUGGUUUGAUGACUAUGCUUUCCGACUCGAUUAAAGGAGUCAAGAAUGGAAUUCACUCCAAUGGCACCGAUAUUUUUCGAUGUUUACUGGACUCCAUAUGCACAGGCGAUGAUGCGAGGAGUGCUCUUGCGCUGGAUGUUGCCGGCGGAGUUUUGAUCAAUAUAAUUCACAAUACGACCCCGGAGACCUUCGAGCCUAUAGCCGAUACAGUAAAGCACUAUAUCGUAUCCACCUGCCAAAAAGACGACAAGAACAGCGCUGUUGCAUGCUGCCGCCUGAUCUUCAUAUGCGUUGCUACUCGCAAAGGAACACGAGUGAAUAAGUGGAAACUUGUGCAUGAGACCUUGUUGCUUUUACUUCAGGCGGCUGAAAAAGUGCCUGGUGCGUAUACUAAUGCCGCUCCACAACUUCUCACUGCGGUUGCAUAUGCAUUACAAACAUCACCUAUGGAUGAGCUGCUUCCUUUCAUGCGCUCCCUCAUGGAUGCGGUGACACAGGAUCAUCUUUCGCCUCACUUUUUGUCGUUCUGCGCUAUAUUUUCCGAAUGGGGCCCAGAAAGAUUCCAUAGCGUUGUUUUACCAUACUUCCAGAAGUUCAUUAACACUUCUUGGGAAGAUUACGAGUCCGAACUCUGCCUGUCCUUACUCCGGUUAAACCAGGCAGGUUGCAUAACUGCAGAGGCUGCGCGACCAGGCUAUAUUACCUGCCCGCGUUCCUGGAAGUCCCGAGUCAAGGAUACCUUGCGCAAGAACACCUCUGACGAUUCUGAUGUGGCUCUACUUAAUGCCUACGCCAAGCUUCCGAGUGCCUUGUCUUUAUCCGCGGAGCCUUCCCUCUUGCCCGACAUGGUGGAAAAUUUCCAUAAAUCUCUGGUUUCUGUCUUGAAUGAUGAGGAAUGUGACCCAUCGGCUAGGAAUAAGUUUUUCCUUGGCCAGGGCUUCAAGACGUACGUCAGUUUAGCUUCAACCAUGCAAAAUGUUGACGGAAGUCUCUGGGAGGGUGUAAGCGCAGUGGCACCGAAAUACUCUCGUCUCCAUGCCUUUCUCGAGGCAACCUUGGCUUAUAUCUCUGCAUGCUCUGACCGUCUUGACCUCAACACCUCGACGAUCGAAGAAUUUGCAGAUGCAUUGAUAACGAACCUUGCAGCGCCAUCUCACCUGCUGAGACUGGUAUCCUUGAAGAUCUUGCGUGAAAUGGUCCAAGCUUCUGGCGAGGACGCUUCACUCCUCUCUUUAGCUAUCGAAAUCGAAGAGAGCCCACUGACUCUACAGACUGCAAGAGUGCUUUCGAUGCAAGUUCGCAAGAUUGCGUUAUCUUAUCCCCAGGUAGUGUCGCGCAGGUGGAUGCCUAGGUUGCUUCCCACCUUUUGCUUUGGACUGUUCUCGAAGAGGAUGGCUCCGUUAUGGGACGAUGCCGCAUCUGCCUUGAAAUCUAUGAGUGAACAUGCCGCUGGCGAAAAGAUUAUCAUUGAUUUGACCAUUCAAUGGCUCCAUGAGAAAGGAUCGACUGCAUCAAACACUGAUGGGGAAGAAGAAGGCGAUGCACAAAGGCAUGUGUCUGGGGACUUCCAGUGCUUCAAUGCAUCCAAAAUCGAGAGUCUGUCUGGAGAGAAAUUCCAGGCUUUUGGAUCUGACACGACUUUGACGCAAGACUUUGAAAAUGACCACGCUUUCGCUGAUGUAGUCCCAACCGCUCCUCGAACACAGGCUUUGCGCGUUUUCAAUGCUAUCCCGAACCUUGCUGAAAAGAAGUCUCGCCAAAUUGUCCCAUUGUUUCUUUCCUGGGCUUUACGUGACGAGGAGGAGAAUGCUCCCGCAGCCAAUCUCUCUUCCGAAGAUCGAGAAGCAAUCCCCGAUGAAUAUAUUCCUUGGGGAUUCCAUGACCGUAUUUCUUUCCUUAACCUUUUUGGACAAUUUCUCAACCCCCUGGUGCUGUAUAGAGCCUCUGAAGUCCGUGAUGCGCUCCUGGGGUUGCUUUGCCAUGGAAACUCAGAAAUUCAAAAAUCCGCUCUCAAGGCCCUGCUUACUUGGAAAUCCGCUGGCAUCUCACCUUAUCGUGAAAACCUCAUGAACAUUUUGGAUGAGUCCCGGUUUAGCGACGAAUUGUCUGUUUUCGUCCGCGUAGGAAAAGACGACAGCCUCAUUGAAGAACAGCAUAGAGCAGAAGUCGUUCCCGUGGUUCUCCGUCUUCUCUACGGCCGAAUGAUCUCGAAAGCUAGUGCGAAUGCGGGUCAAGCUGGACAAGCUGGGCGGAGAAAGGCUAUCUUGAGAACGCUAGCCCAGCUGCCCGAUCAUGAAUUUGAAAUCUUCAUGCGCAUUUCCUUUGGCGCUCUUGGCGAGGUUCAUUUGCUCAAGGACGGCGAAGCUGACCAAGCGGCCUUCCUCCCUGAGCUCGUAAGCCCGAGAAAGCAGAUGGGUCUGUUGAGGCUUAUCGAGACAGUGUUUGAGACGCUUCAAAGCCGGAUGGUCCCUUAUGCAGAGCAAUCCAUGGAUGUCGUGCUUCACUGCCUUGUCCGCUCCUGCCGCGCAUUAGCAAAAGAGCAGCCGGCUGUCACACCGGAUUCGCAGGAGGCACGACUCCUGACGGUCAUGCGCAACAUCCGCCAGACCUGUAUCCGCUGUCUUGACCUUAUAUUUUCCAUCUCGCAGGACCGAGAUUGGACUCCACGUGUUCGUGUCAUUUUCGACGAGGCCAUUAACCCUAGACUCGAGAAUUUUGCUACGGAAAAUGCUCAGGGAAUAUCAGGUCUUCUGAGGCUCUUCCACGUAUGGGCUGCUGCGUCUCGAUCAUCGUUCUACCUUGUUCAGCACAACAGCACUCUUUUAACAAAGAUUGUGGACUGUCUUGGUGUCGAUUCAGCCCGUGAUGAAGUUAAGGUGUUUGUCAUGGACGAGAUCUUGACACCCUUGAUCGGACUUGCCACUGGGAAAGAACUGCAAGAAGAUGAGAAAAUGGGAGACUUCGCUCCUGAUGAAAUCCGCUCCGAAGUCCUGGCUCCCUACAUCGAGCACACACUCUCUCAUUUUAGUCGCCUUCUGAGGCGCGGCCCCUCCCGGCCAGUCUUGAUUUCUGGUGUGCAAACAUUGUCUCGUCUUUCUCCAUGUGUCGAGUCCUCCAAGGAGACAUCAAGUCUGAUCAGCAUUUUGACGUACCUUCUCCGCCAGCCUCCCGACAGGGUCUCUCCUAAGACGAAGUCAGACCUACUCCACAGCUUGGAGCACUUUUUGCCUCUCUACAAUACUAAAGAAGAUCCCAAACUUUCCCAAGAGGUGUUCGAAGCCGUUUGCUCCAUGUUUGAUUAUUUCAAAGAUGAUAAAAAUAGGGAAGUUUUGUCUCGUGUCUUUACUGCUUUCGCCAGUCACGACCCUGAGCUCUCUCAAGUUGCUGUUCUUUGCGAGGACCUGAACUCUAUCUCCGUUAAGAAGCUUGAGGUGGAUUAUGAACGUCGACUCCAAGCAUUUACAAAGUUAACUGAGGAUCUAUGGGAGUCUCUUAGUGGUAAACAAUGGCGUCCGUUGUUGUACAACAUGCUAUUCCAUGUCAAGGAUGAAGACGAAUUGGCAAUCAGAUCCAGCGCUUCGUUCGGGUUGAAACGUUUUAUUGAAAGGGCUGCCCUUGAAGCGCAAAACAAGUCGGAAUCGUUUGAGCCUCUAGUUGGUGAUGUCUUGUUUCCUGCUCUGCAGGCUGGAAUGCGGCAGAAAUCCGAGAUCAUCCGAUCUGAAUUUGUCCAGGUGUUGGGCCACUUUGUCAAGCUGAAUCCAACACGCCCAGCCGUGCAGGAUAUGCAUGGAUUGCUUGUGGGCGACGAUGAAGAAGCUUCAUUCUUCAAUAAUAUCCUUCAUAUCCAACAGCACCGUCGUCUCCGAGCUCUCCGUCGGCUGGCCAGUGAAGCAGCUAAAGGCAGCCUUCAAGCAUCUAAUAUUAGCACUAUUUUCAUUCCCCUCAACGAGCAUUUCGUCUUUGACGAGGAAGCUGAUGAAAGCACACACAAUCUUGUCGCAGAGGCUGUCAUUACUAUUGGGACUCUCGCGGAGUGGCUUGAUUGGAGCCAGUUUAGGGCUAUUUUUAGAAGGUAUCGUACCUAUAUCAGCAAGUCUGAAACAGAAAAGAGCGUUUUGAGGCUCCUGGGUAGGAUGUCGGACGCAUUGACCAGUGCGAUGGACCAGCUCCAGUUGGCGAAGGCAGGCGUGGAGGAGGUCAACGGUGACGGCGAAGUUGCGGCGCCUCUCAGAUCUACGCUUUCUCGCUCUAUACCAUCAGCGUCGAAAGUUGCAAAUGAGUUGACGACGAACUUUAUUCCUAUGCUCACAGAUUUCAUCCAUCAUAAGAAUGAAGCCCAGAUGAGCUUGCGUCUUCCAGCGUCAGUUACAGCCAUCAAGCUUUUGAAAUUGUUGCCUGAGCAAGACAUGACUAUUCGUCUACCGGCUGUCCUUUUGGAUGUCUGCAGCAUCCUCAAGAGCAAAGCCCAGGAUUCGCGAGACACGGCCAGGAAAACUCUUAAUGACAUCGCUCUUCUACUUGGACCUUCCUACCUAGGUUACAUACUGAAGGAGUUGCGCAACACUCUCAAGCGAGGCUACCAACUCCACGUUCUUUCAUUCACAGUCCAUUCCAUUCUGGUUGCAACCACUGAUGAUUUCAAGCAAGGAGACCUGGAUUACUGCUUAACAGAUCUCAGUUCCGUGGUUAUGGAUGAUACAUUCGGUACCGUUGGCCAAGAAAAGGACGCAGAGGACUAUGUCAGCAAGAUGAAAGAAGUUAAAAGCAAUAAGAGUUACGACUCUAUGGAGCUCCUCGCCAAAAACUCUACGAUUCGGAAUCUGGCUAGUCUACUACGGCCUUUGCAGUCGCUUCUCCACGAGAAACUCAACUCUACCAUUGUGAAGAAAGUGGACGAACUUUUACGAAGAAUCGGUAUCGGUCUUCUAAGAAACCCAGGUGUGGAAAAUCGCGACAUUCUAGUUUUCUGUUACGAGAUCAUCAAGGAAGCCUACAAGGAACCUCUCCAAACUGAUACACGAGCUGCUCAGACCACACAGGAGAAGAACUUUUUGGUCGACCUGAAAGGCCAAAGGCGGGGCGAGAAGCGAGGAGGGACCACGUCUUCUUAUGUCUACAAGUUGAUCCGCUUCUCUUUUGAUGUUCUCCGAUCUGUUCUCAGCAAGUUUAACUCGCUCCUUACUCCUGGUAACUUGUCAGGCUACCUUCCUGUGCUUGGAGACGCCUUGGUCCAAGGGCAUGAGGAAGUUAAGAUUUCAGCGCUUAGACUGCUCUCUACAAUAAUCAAGCUCCCUAUCGCUGAAAUCGACACCAAUGCCCCAGUUUAUCUGACGGAAGCGGUCAAGAUAAUCAAGGAAGCACCUAGCACUAACACCGAGGCAGCACAGGCCUCUCUCAAGCUAAUAUCUGCUGUGCUGCGAGAGAGAAAGAAUGUAAAACUCAGGGAUGGACAUCUCGCAUAUCUACUUCAGCGUAUCACAUCCGACAUCGAGGAGCCUGAUCGGCAGGGUGUUACGUUCAACUUGAUCAGAGCUGUUAUGGCUAGGAAGUUCGUGGUGCCUGAAGUCUACGAGCUUGCGGAUAGUAUUGCAAGGAUGAUGGUCACAAACCAAACUCGGUCUGCUCGUGAUCUGGCUCGUGGAGUUUACAUCCACUUCUUGAUUGAAUAUCCCCAGGCCAAAAACCGCUGGACCAAGCAGCUUAGUUUCCUAGCUAAGAACCUUGAAUACAAGCACCAAGAUGGUCGUCAAUCUGUCAUGGAAGCAAUUCAUAUGCUGCUGUCUAAGACAGGCCAUGAGCUGGCCCAGGACAUCGUCGGAACAUUCUUCCUCCCAGUUGUCAUUGUGAUGGCCAACGAUGAUGCAGCUGAGUGCAGAGAAAUGGCAGGAACCUUGCUUGGAGAAUUCUAUAGACGGGCUGAUCGUGAGCAGACAAAAACUAUCCUUGAGCCUCUCCGGUCAUGGAUUGAGCAGACGGACAACCCCCUUCUCACCAACACCGGGUUGCAGGCGAUGAGAAUCUACUUCGAAGUGGAAGAAACAGAUAAGGAGAGGGAAGCAAGCUUCAUCACACAGACACUUCCUAGCAUUAUGCGUCCUAUCCUGAAGGAUACCGACACUGAGAACUGGCAGUCGCUUUACUACUCACUACAGCUCUACUCCAAGCUCUGCAAGACCGUUCCCUCAGCUUCCCUAUCAAAGGAACAAGCCAAAACCUGGAGUCUCAUUUGUGAAUCCUUGUUCUAUACGCAUUCCUGGGUCAAGACUUGCGCCACGAACCUUCUUGGUAUUUGGCUCGCGGAUUUGGCCAAGUCCAACGCAGAAAAUGGGUACAGCUCUAUCCCAAUGGUUGGUGCCACAGGCCUGGCUCUUGACAGGGACACGAUGGUGCUCUUGAUCCGAGCAAGCUCACGCUGUCUUCGUACCCCAGGAAUCAGCGAGGAGCUAGCUAUGCAAACAGUACGCAACACCAUCUUCCUAGCCCGUUGCUGCGCUCAGAACGGUCUUGAAUUUUCUAGCAAGAGAGAUCAAGAGGCGGAGUCUGAUGCCAGCGGAAGUGACGAAGAGGAGGAUGUUGAUGGAGAUAACAAAGAAGACACCCAAAAAGACUCCAAGACGGGUCUCCGCUAUAUCUUUGGGCAGGCGUCCUCGAUUCUGCGCAGAGAGUUUCUUACUACCCGCGCUGAAUCAUUAAUACCCAAGACCGCAUCUAUUGGUCUCAUCGCCGCCCUUUGCCGUCAUCUCGAAGCGGAGCAGAUCAUCGAGUCUUUGCCCAUUAUCCUUCUUCCCCUCCAGCACCUCACUGAUGCGUCUAUUCCGGCUCCCCGAUCAUCCGACGAAGCUUUCAAGGAAUCGUACAAAGCGCUUGUUUCCAAUUGUCAUGAGGUUCUCGAUCUUCUGCAGAAGAAAUUGGGUACAACUGAAUUCGUGAAUCAGAUGGCGCUUGUCCAAGAGUCCGUUAAGAAGAGGCGUGAAGGACGACGGGUGAAGAGACGCAUCGAAGCAGUCAUGGAUCCUGAGAGGCACGAGCGUGACAAGAGGAGGAGGAAUGACCGCAAGCGCGAGAAGAGAAAGGAGAAGGGAGCAGAACACCGAGGCAAGAGACGAGGCUGGUAA